CCAGCCCACCUCAGCAUUCAUCCCGCUUCCUCUGCUCUCUCUGGAACUCACCGCCCUCACUUCCACCGCCGCCGCCGCCGCCGCCGUGUACCCCCUCCCCCGCCGCUUGACGCGCCUCCUCUUCGUCGACCCAAUCCCUCCGUCGGGUACGCCGCCGCUGCCCCCCUACACCCUUGCCCCUCCUUUCCUAUUUACACAGGCGGAUCGAUGCCGUGGGAGAGCCGGCUGCCCGCGGAGGUGCGUGGAGGCGGCGGCCUGCGGCGCGGGCGGGGAGGCAUUAAGGCGAGUGAUCUCUGAAGAUGGAUUCUCCUCGUUGGUUUGCAGCUAGGGCUCUGACACUGACCGUGGUCCGUGAGCACUUGGCCACUAGUCCCUGCUCUGCCACUGGGUUCAGCAUAUGGAUUUGCCAGGUCCAAGAUGGAAGAAGGGCAAAGAUGGCAAGGACUUUGCGUCCCUAGCAGCAGCUAACCCCAUGUCAGCCAUUGUUUCUGAGCUCAAGGCCUCAUUCAUAAGCUCAAAGCCCGUGGCAAUUUUGUCUGGUCCGGGUGGUAGCGCCGUUCUUGGAGUUGGGCCAGAGCAAGCCGUGAUCCUAAACCGUGCUGCCUUUGGCCAUGCCAUCGAAAAUGCAACAGCACAGAAGCAUUGGUUCCAACUCAGCCCCGAGGAGGUCUUUUACCUAUGCCAUGCUCUGAAUUGCAUCAGGGUUGACUCACUGGACAAUAAGCAAAUGAGUGAAAUUGAACUGUGGGAUUACUUUAGGUCUGGAUCGGAGUCAUUUCCGGAGAUGUACAAGGCUUACGCACAUCUGAGAUUGAAGAACUGGGUGGUGAGAUCAGGGCUGCAGUAUGGUGCGGAUUUUGUAGCUUACCGUCACCAUCCAGCGCUCGUCCACUCGGAAUUUGCAGUGGUUGUAGUUCCAGAAGGUGCAGAGUUUGGCAAUAGGUGUGGCCGUCUGGAGGUGUGGUCUGAUCUACUAUGUGCACUCCGGGCUUCUGGCAGUGUAGCAAAGACAUUACUGGUUCUGACAAUUAGCAGCAGCAGUAAAUGUGAACUGAGCUCCCCAGAUUGUUUGGAACAGCUUGUUGUUCACGAGAGAACGAUCACAAGAUGGAUACUGCAGCAAUGCCGUGAACAACGAUGUGAACCAAGCAGAGAUGAAGUGAAUAGGGAAGAACUGAUUAUUGAAAAGGAAAGUGUAGUAUUUAAUCACUGGGGUGUGAUACUAGGCUUCACUGUUCUAUCUGGCUUGCUUGUGUACAGGUUGAAAUUCAGACAAUAGAGUUAACAUUUCUGUGCACCUGUGUUGUUGAGGUGUUAGCUUGGAAUUUGAAAUCCUGAGUUGUACUCUUUUGUGAGCCUUGCUUCUGGUUUCUAGUCUAGAUAUGACAAAUAAUUAUAGCCACGCAUCUGACUUGGACAGCAGAGAAACGUUUGAAUUUUGAUCUGUCUUAGAUCUUGAAUACAGCCCUGGAUUGGCAUUUUCAGUACUGUAUUACUAAGGACUGCAUGGACUUGGAGUACUGUAUUACUCAAGGGCUGCAUGGACUUGGAAGUGACAUCCAGGUACACUAGGAACUGAUGCAUAUUAUCAGCAUGUGAAACUACCAUCAUGGUCUAAGGUGCCUACAUGAUCGUAAACUUACUGCAACAGAAUAAGUAAUCAGAUGGAUCAUUUACCUUUGCCUUUGUUUUUAGGAAUGCAUUUUACCUUUCUCAAUGCAGGGAAAAGUUGGUGUUGCAUGCUAUUAAUGCAAUUAGAAGCAUUAUUAUUUC